AUGAAUGUAAAAGAAGAGUUGGAGGAGGGUGCGAAUAAAGAGCCCCUGCCCCCCUCUUCCCCCGCCUCCAGCCCCUGCCCCCCUCUUCCCCCGCCUCCAGCCCCUGCCCCCCUCUUCCCCCGCCUCCAGCCCCUGCCCCCCUCUUCCCCCGCCUCCAGCCCCUGCCCCCCUCUUCCCCCACCUCCCUCCCCCUGCCCCCCUUCCCCCGCCUCCCUCCAUCUGCCCCCUCUUCCCCCGCCUCCAUCCCCCCCCCCCUCUUCCCCCGCCUCCCUCCCCCUGCCCCCCUCUUCCCCCGCCUCCCUGCCCCUGCCCCCCUCUUCCCCCGCCUCCCUCCCCCUGCCCCCUCUUCCCCCGCCUCCCUCCCUUCUCCCCCCUUCUCCCCCGCCCCCUCCCUCUUCCCCCUCCCUCGCCCCCUCUUCAUCCGCCUCCCUCCCUCUGCCCCCGCCUCCCUCCCUCUGCCCCCGCCUCCCUCCCUCUGCCCCCGCCUCCCUCCCUCUGCCCCCGCCUCCCUCCCUCUGCCCCCGCCUCCCUCCCUCUGCCCCCGCCUCCCUCCCUCUGCCCCCGCCUCCCUCCCUCUGCCCCCGCCUCCCUCCCUCUGCCCCCGCCUCCCUCCCUCUGCCCCCGCCUCCCUCCCUCUGCCCCCGCCUCCCUCCCUCUGCCCCCGCCUCCUUCCCUCUGCCCCCGCCUCCUUCCCUCUGCCCCCGCCUCCCUCCCUCUGCCCCCGCCUCCUUCCCUCUGCCCCCGCCUCCCUCCCUCUGCCCCCGCCUCCCUCCCUCUGCCCCCGCCUCCCUCCCUCUGCCCCCGCCUCCCUCCCUCUGCCCCCGCCUCCCUCCCUCUGCCCCCGCCUCCCUCCCUCUGCCCCCGCCUCCCUCCCUCUGCCCCCGCCUCCCUCCCUCUGCCCCCGCCUCCCUCCCUCUGCCCCCGCCUCCCUCCCUCUGCCCCCGCCUCCCUCCCUCUGCCCCCGCCUCCCUCCCUCUGCCCCCGCCUCCCUCCCUCUGCCCCCGCCUCCCUCCCUCUGCCCCCGCCUCCCUCCCUCUGCCCCCGCCUCCCUCCCUCUGCCACCGCCUCCCUCCCACUGCCCCCGCCUCCCUCCCACUGCCCCCGCCUCCCUCCCACUGCCCCCGCCUCCCUCCCACUGCCCCCGCCUCCCUCCCUCUGCCCCCGCAUCCCUCCCUCUGCCCCCGCAUCCCUCCCUCUGCCCCCGCAUCCCUCCCUCUGCCCCCGCAUCCCUCCCUCUGCCCCCGCAUCCCUCCCUCUGCCGCCGCAUCCCUCCCUCUGCCGCCGCAUCCCUCCCUCUGCCGCCGCAUCCCUCCCUCUGCCGCCGCAUCCCUCCCUCUGCCGCCGCAUCCCUCCCUCUGCCGCCGCAUCCCUCCCUCUGCCGCCGCAUCCCUCCCUCUGCCGCCGCAUCCCUCCCUCUGCCGCCGCAUCCCUCCCUCUGCCGCCGCAUCCCUCCCUCUGCCCCCGCCUCCCUCCCUCUGCCCCCGCCUCCCUCCCUCUGCCCCCGCCUCCCUCCCUCUGCCCCCGCCUCCCUCCCUCUGCCCCCGCCUCCCUCCCUCUGCCCCCGCCUCCCUCCCUCUGCCCCCGCCUCCCUCCCUCUGCCCCCGCCUCCCUCCCUCUGCCCCUGCCUCCCUCCCUCUGCCCCCGCCUCCCUCCCUCUGCCCCCGCCUCCCUCCCACUGCCCCCGCCUCCCUCCCACUGCCCCCGCCUCCCUCCCACUGCCCCCGCCUCCCUCCCACUGCCCCCGCGUCCCUCCCUCUGGCCCCGCCUCCCUCCCUCUGGCCCCGCCUCCCUCCCUCUGGCCCCGCCUCCGUCGCUCUGGUUCUUGAAGACCCAUUAAGGGCUGACGACCCUAGUGUUUGGGUAAAGCAACAUCCCAAACUGAAACAACAUGCUGCUGGAUCUAAGCAUAAUUCUGUUGAAGAUCCAUUGGGAGUAUUUUGGUCCACUGAUUUCAUCAAGGAGGAUCCUGAAUUAAAUUUGGAAAUGAAUAUAACUGAGAAUACUAAGACUCGCCACUGAAGGAGACUGAAGUUAAUCAUUAGACACAGGGGAAUUUAUCAAAUG